ACACAAUUGGUAAACCGGAACGGUCGAUGCGAGAGCGCCGCACUACAUUCCGACCCGCAUCCCCUUCCUUCCUUUCUUGAGACCAUGUCUGCGUUAGAUUCUACCCAGCAUGACUCUACGAACAUCAGAGGGUUUUAUGCCUACACUGAUACCCUGAAGGGUGUCUUCUACGGUCCGGGAUCGGUGAAUACCGCCCUGCCGAAGCUCCUGGACACUCUGAAUGGCACGAAAGCGCUGAUUGUCACCGGGAAGUCUUUGCACGACAAGACGGAUGUAGUCAAGAAGGUAGAGAAUGUCCUUCGUGAGCGCGGGGCCUACGGAACGACCUUCUGGGAGAUCGGAGAGCACGCUCCUGUCGCAGGCAUCCGCAAGUGCAUCCAGGCACUCAAGGAGUGCGGCGCAGACAUUGUUGUCUCUGUCGGAGGCGGGUCUCCCGUUGACGCCGCCAAAGCGGUCAUCUACUUUCUGCAGAAGGAUAGCGGCGGUUCUUUCCUACCCCAUGUAGCCAUUCCGACUACGCUCAGUGCCGCUGAGUAUACGAUAGGCGCGGGCUACACAGAAGACAACGGGCACAAGGUCGCAGUCAGCGACCAGAGACUGGCUCCUGCCGGAAUUAUCCUGGACGCUGAGUUAACUCUCGCUACUCCGGAACGGCUAUGGCUGUCCACGGGUAUGCGUGCCAUGGACCACGCAGUAGAGAAUCUGUACAGGCCGCUGGUGAUACCGCCCAUGAAAGUGUUAUGUUACCAGGCUUUGGCCGACCUUUUCAAAUACCUACCACUGUCCAAGGCCGAUCCCAGCAACCUUGUGUACAGACAGAAAUUGCAGGUCGCCUCGUGGAUGAGUCUCUGGCCCGUAAAGUUUGAGAAGUACAGUGCUUUGGGCAUAUCUCAUGCUUUAGGACAUAAGCUGGGUGCAAGAUAUCAUAUCCCACACGGGAUCACCUCUUGUCUAACCUUGGCGCCCACCGUCGCCCUGAAGGCCGAAACGGCGUCGCAGGAGGAUAAGGAAUGGUUAGCUGGAGCGCUGUUCCACCUCCGUCAGCCUUCCACAGGCUCGGUCGAAGGCGAUGUGCUCCAGCUGUCGAAGAUCAUCGACAAGCUUGUCGUGGACCUCGGUCUGAAGAGCACCCUUGCUCAAUAUAAGGUGCCCAGGGAAGAUCUUCCUGACAUCGCAGAGCGGGCUAUGGAUGGGAGGAGUGAUCCCACCUUCCCCAAGGUAGUCCAGUUAUUGGAAGGGAUCUAUGAGUAAAGGCGCACAUACGCAUGACAAAACCAAGCUCGCAGCAUCGUUGGUCACUUUACUGUGUUGCCUCCCAUGAUUGUAGAAAUAUUACUACUCUACACCGACUCGUGCUGCGUUGAUAACGCAGGCGGCUAAUGGGC